AUUUUGUCCAAAGUUGCCUAUUGGCCAGUUGCUCACAUCGUUCAGCUUUUUUCCGGGAAAACGGCGCAUAGUUUGGAGGGAAUAGUCAGACGUUGCCAAACGAGGAGAGUUGUAUUUUUUUCAAACACUUAAAUUUCCCUCAAGCGAGAUCGCCAAUUUCCGUAAGCGGCUCCAAUAUUCUCCCUCCAAACGGGCCUGCGUUUGGAGGCAUUUUGCAAAGCGCCAAGUGACUUUUGCAGGACGCCAAGGCGGCGCCUCAACGAUGAGCGUCGUCGGCGAGCUGCCGGCCGACGUCGGCCGGUGGACGUUGGCGGACAUCGUCCGCUGGCUGAAGUGCGAGGUCGGCGUGAGUAGGGGGCUGGCGUCCAAGUUGGCCAAGGAGGUGGAGUGCGGCCAGUUCCUGUUGACCUUUGACAAGCUCGACAUCCUGGAGCUGGGAAUCAAGCACGGGCCCGCCGUCUUGAUCAGCAGGUCGCUGGAGAGGCUGAAAAAGGGCCAAAGGGGCGCGACGCCCCCCUGCGGCGGCGUGGAGACUUGGAGCCCCCAGCAAGUGUUCCAGUGGCUCCUCCCUCAGGUCCCAAGCAACUCGCAGUGCGCGCAGCGCCUCCUGGACGAAGACGUCUCGGGGAGGUGUCUGCUUUGCUUCGGCAAGAAGGACUUUGCGGACCUCGGCGUCCGCAGCGGCCCGGCCGUGCACAUUCUGAAAAAACUAAGCCAGCUCAAAGCCGUAGCGGCGCAGUCCGCCGGCGCCGCUACGGACCGAGGGGAUGACCGCUCUGUCCCCCAAAAAGAGACCCAAAAGCUUCUCGACGUUCCACCGGAGGGCAAGGAUCGGAUGGACCGCAGACCAAAGAGGAAACAAAUCGAGGAAACGCCGCACGUGCUGACGGUGCAGAAAAUCCUGGAGGACCUGGGCAAAGAAGACCUGAAGAAGUUUCAGUUUGUCUUGCGGGAACAGAGGAACGGCCAGGGCGAGCCCACGCCUUGGGGGAAGCUGGAGGGCCGCGACACGGUGGACACGGCCAAGGUCAUCGGUGAGCACCACGCCGACCGAGCGCUCCAAGUCACCGGCGAAGUUCUGCGGCAGAUCAACCGGCACGACCUCGCCGGCAGGCCGGACCUGGACCGCAUCCGGGGCCAGGCGGCGUGCCGUCCGGAGGAAGCGCAGCUCAAGCGAGAGCCGAACCAGGGGGAAAAACUGAAGAACCUGCUGACGGCGGGCGGCAACUCGCUGGACGGCGGCAACCGCUUCGUGGUGGUGGUGAACAAGAGCAGCCCCGAGCAAAUCCGCCACCUGCGCUUCCUCAGCAAGCUGCCCCUCUUUUGCGUGCUGGACUUUGACCCGGACUCCAACGGGCCUCUCGGCCUGUGCCGCGCCUACAAGGAGACCCGCGUGGCCAACCUGCACUCGCCGUCGCAGUACCGGGGCCGCUUGGACUCGGUGGUGAGCAGCCUGAACCUCUACGAUCAGACCAGCUGGGUCUUCUGCAACGGCAGACGCGACAUCCCCAGCGACGCCGACGUGGAGCUGGACUACCGCACCUGGUUUAGGAGGUCGUGCAAAGACGUGGAGCAACUGGUGGCGCUGGUCUGCGGAUGCGACUUUGUCCGCUACGGCCGAGGUUGCGUCGUUUUCCUCUUGCUGUCGCCGGUGGACACGGACAAGGACCCCUUUUUCGAGACCUACGGCUCCUUCCUCAAGCACACCGAAGAGCAGAACGUGGUGACCAUCUGCGAGUCGGCCCGCACGUACGCCAAGUGGAAGCGGCUGGUCGCCGACAAAUUUGACUUUGACGUGGACCCGCUGUCGGUCUACGAGCUGAGCUUGUCCCAGGUCAACGGGACGGUGGCGGCCUUGGGCCCGCACGGCCAUUCUCCGGACAAGCUGCUGCCCUCGUCCGACUCCAGCGCCGUCGUCCUCAGGCGGAAGGACGAGGACCUCAUGACGGCCUUGGACGUGUUGUGCCUGAACCAGUGCCAAAACGUCUACGAGGACGAAAAGAGUCCGGAGUUCGCCGACUUCCGCAGGCGCCAGGAGGAGGAGUUUUACCGAGGGGGCAAAGUCACCUGGUGGAACUUUUACUUCUGCGACAAGGACAACAAGAAGACCUUUGUCAAGCGGGACAAGUACAGCAAGGUGAUGGCGAUGAUCCGCUCGCAGCAGAGGGAGAAGCGCAACGCCUGCGCGCAGCUCAACAUCUACCACCACCCGGGCUGCGGCGCCACCACCUUGGCCAUGCACGUCAUGUGGGACCUGCGCGGCGAGUUCCGCUGCGCCGUGCUCAGGGACACUAAGCUGCCCAAGGAGGAAAUCGCAGACCAGAUCCUUCAUCUCAUGAAGCUGGAGAGCGGAAGGCACUGCCCGGUCCUGCUGCUGGCGGACGACGUGAAGGAGCCGGACGACCCGCACGACCUGGUCAGCUGCAUCCGCAAGGCGGUGGAGGACUCGGAGGGCGCCGGCGCGGAGGACGCGCUCCACUGCAAAGUGACGGUGCUCAACUGCGUGCGCUCGCACAGCCCCAAGAGUCAGUACAGGCGGCAGAACUGCAUGCAGUGCCAGUACCUCACCGCCUCGCUGACGCCGCACGAGCAGAGCGAGUUUGAGAAGAAGCUGCAAGAGCUGCAGGAGAGCCACGAGAAGCCGGAAAACUUCUACACCUUCAUGAUCAUGAAGAUGAACUUUGACCACAAGUACAUCGAGGACGUGGCCCACAACACGCUGAGCGGCUUCGACGCCGGCACCGACGACGGCAAGCUCUUCUCCUUCCUGGCCCUGCUCAACAACUACGUGGCGGAAUCGGGCGUGGCCCUGUCGCUGUGCGAAGACUUCUUCGGGGUGAAAAUGACGCGCGAGCCGGUGGACUGCGUGCUGGACAGGAUGAAGCUCUACUCCAACGUCCUCAUCGUGGACCGGGUGGAGGAGUGCGGCGGCUACAGGCGGCUGCGCAUCCUGCACCACACCAUCGCGGCGGCCUGCCUGAAGGUGCUGGAGAGGAGCCACUUCCUCAAGGUCAGCGACAUCACCUUGCACAUGCUCCACUACGACCUGUUCUUCAGCGACGGCGUGGUCAAGGACCGGCUGGUGCUCUCCAUCGAGCGCAUGCUGAUCUGUCGGCAGCGCAAGAAGGACGGCGACGAGCGGGAGCUGUUCUCGCCCCUCAUCGACAAGAUCCACCAGCAGCAGGGCGGCCGGACGGUGCGGGACGUCUUCGUCAAGGCCUCCUCCAGGUUCCCGCAGCGAGCCUCCGUGCCCCAGGCCCUGGCGCGCUACCUGUACAUCAACGAACGAGACUUUCCCGAGGCGCUGCGCUGGGCCGAGAAGGCCAAGAACAUCGCGCGGAACCCGUACACCGUCGACACCGUGGCGCAAGUCUACAAAAGCAGCUUGCGCUGCAACGUGGACCGGGAAAAACAAGAGCUGUCGCGCAACCCCGACAACCUGGACGCCAACAUCCGCUUGGCCGCCAACGGCAUCCGGGCCUUCCAGUUGGCCCAGGAGCAGUCGGACAACGAGGACAAUUCGCAAGCCGAGCGCCCCGAGGACGAGUCGGGCGACUUCCCGCGCAACGGCUACAACAUUAACGGCCACGUGGGGGUCCUGGAGAUGUCCUUCAUCGUCUUUGAGGUCCUGGCCAAGCUUCCCUUCUUCCACGAGCGCGAGCCCGUGAAGAAAAACCUCUUGCAGAGCUUCCUCAGCGGCUCCAUCCCAAUCGACGGCGUCCAAAAGGACGACGACGAGGCCACCGCCAGGUACGUCCAGAUCAUCAAGGACCACGAGCCCUUCCUGCUCCACCUCAAGCCCAAAGUCAAGAGCAAGUUUGACAUCCUCAACUGCUACUUCACCUACACCAAAGGGAACUUUGAGUUUGACGCGGUCAACUGCCGCACCGUCUGCGACCACUUCAAGAAGUACGUGGACCUCUUCUGCACGGUGCCGGAGGAGCUGCGCAAAGUCAAAGAGGACAACCCCAAGCUGAAAUCCAAGCUGAUCCUGGAGGAGCGCCGGGUGUACCUGGAGAAGCGCCUUGCCGACACCUUCUCUGGAGUUCUGCAGCACCUGGACCGGCCGGCCCAGGAGGUGGAGGAAAUGGUAGAGUCUUACGCCGUCCUGCAGCAGACGGUCAAGCAGAAGCGGAACAUCCAGGUUCGGAUCAACUACAUCCUGGCAAACGUGGUCCUCUACCUGCUGCGGCCCAAGUCCAAGCUGUUUGAGGGCUACCAGCAGCUCCGCAACCUCCUCCUGGAGGCCUUGCAGGCCGUGGGCCUCACCUACAACUUGCCCGACCCCUACUACCUGGCCCUCCUCUUCUUCUGGCCCGCGCCCUCCGAGGAGGGCGACAUCCGAACCUACCUCAAAGCCAUCCGCUCUUCGUCCCGCAAGCUUCUGUCCAAGUUGUCCAACAGGAGCACCGUCGCCCACCUCUACCUGGGACGGGGGACCGAGCUCAAGCGACUGGUGUCCAAGGCCAGCCUGGACAGGAGCUUCCUUUGCAAGAUGCCGCGCGACACGCUGGCCCAGCUCUGGUGGAACGGAGACAUCUUCAAGGAGAAGGACAUCAGCGACCGCCUGCUGCGAGUCGGCGGCACCAUCGAGCAAGGGGAGGUCUUCGCCAACUACGGCGGGCUGAAGAUUCCCGUGCAUCCGGCUCGCCGCAGCGGGAUCCGGAGAGGCUGCAGCACCGAGAAGGUUUCCUUCUACCUGGGCUUUGCCAUCAACGGGCCGCUGGCCUACGACGUCCGCUAUGAAAAUUGAUCCCGUCCUCGGUGAUCUGACAAGCUUGCUGUGGAUCUGCUGACGCAGCGCCGCUAGCUCGCGGCACGCUCCACCCCCCUACGAAAAGUAGUGUUUUUUUCUUUCUUUGGUGGGGGGGGGGGGGGGGGUCUGGCACGCCUGCCCGCCCAUCAAGUCUUCAACAAUUUGUCGUCCUUUCUGAAAAUGUGUUUGCAAGUCAGUACUGUACGAGGGCCUGUCGAUAUCUGCUCGUGGAUGGUCCGGCAUGAGAAUGUGUACUUGAAACGAGAGUGUCAUCUUGACGCCGUUAAACCCUCGGCGAAUGUGUCAGAAAAAGAGAAAACACUUUGAUAAAGGGAUGCAUUUUAUUGAUCUUGAUGCUGCACGUGUCCUCAUUUUCGCUACCGACUCUUCAAGGUGCCUCAUCUUAGCCCCGGCGCCCUCUAGUGACCGGCCGCCGUCGCGGUGCGCGACUGGGUGACGAAGCGCCGGCUUCGCGAGUGGCAAUUCAGUCCGGAGGCGAGCGGGCGUAUCGGCUUUCGGCGAGAGCGGUCGCAAUCU